CUGUGGCUGUCAGCUGGUGCUGGUUCCGUCUGUCCGGGACGUUUCCCUUUGUCCGGUGUAUCCACAGCCCCCGAUUCCCAUCCCGGACCUGCCCAAGGAGGACCGAGCGCGGGUGCUGCUGCUGCCCGAGCCCUGCACGCUGGACAUCGACGGGGUGGUGCUGGGGCUCAGCUCCACGGACGUGCUCUUCCACAUGGGAGCUGAGGAGAUCAGCAGCUCCUCCGGGAUCUCCGACCGUUUCACGCGGAUCCUGUGGCACAUCCUGACCCAGCGCAGUUUCUACCCCCUGUACCCUCCGUCGGAGGAGUUGAACGUUCACCACGAGGUUGCAGCGCUCGGGGCCCGGCUGCCCCUCACCCCCGACGUGCUCAUCACCCCCUCCCAGCUCAGGUUCUUCAUCAAGGUCAGAGCCCUGAGCCCAAUCCCUGAUCCCUGA